UAUAGCUACCUGGAACUAUUGAUGAUGUAAGGGCAACAGGAGCGACGUCUCUGUGUUGACGUGGCUUCUCUGUCUCCAAUAAUCCAGCAGCUGAAGUAAUGAGGCACAUAGCGGAAACUGGAGAAUGCCAUAAUCACUAAAGUCAAGCGGACCACACUCGUUUCUCAGUGGAAAAAUGACUGGAAGGAACCAGCACAAUGGUUUCCAGUUGCCACCCACAGGUGGUUACAUGUCCGCUUUUGGAAACCACUCAGAGACUGACUACUCGGAGGAGGACGGAGAGACAUUUGAGCUGCGUUCCAGGGGCAAGGAGAGGCAGCGCAGGAGCACAUCUGCAGAUCGCAAGGACGAUUUUGUCUACUUGAUAAGGGACAUAAAAGACGGAGAUACGCUGAUCAGUAUUUCUCUGCAAUAUUUCUGUACUGUUGCAGACAUAAAGCGGGCCAACAAUCUUCUAACUGAACAGGACUUCUUCGCACUGCGGUCCAUAAGGAUCCCUGUGAGGAAGUUCAGCUCAUUCACAGAAACUCACAGCACUGUUCCCCGUAAAAGCAGCUCGCCCAGUGGUACUCACAGAAUCUCUGAGAUCCCCGUUUCUGGAGCUUCCUUGGACUCUUCAUCCUCUUCCUCAUCUGUGGACACCGUGGAGUGCUUCCUGCAGGAGAAGGACAAGGACAUUCAACUUCUCGUCAAGUCAUCUGCCCCUUCCAGGAGCAGCCUGAACGAGGUUGUGUCCUUGCUGGAGCAGCCGCUUUUGGUAGAUCCCGAGCGCAGACCAGCCCAGAAGAAAGACCCAUACUAUGGUGCUGACUGGGGAAUGAGAUGGUGGACUGCAGUUGCCAUCAUGUUGGUUGUGGGCAUUGUGACACCUGUUUUUUACCUGUUGUACUAUGAAGUUUUGAUGAAAGCAGAUGUUAGCCACCAUACUACCAUUGACUCAAUCAGCCCAGGACCAACACAGCCAGCUGCUGCUAUGCUUGGGUUGCCUCCUCCCUCUCACCAAGACUCUCACCUACAGUCUGCUGCUAAACAGCAACAUUUUGUGAAGCAUGAAGAGAAAGCAUAAAGGGGCUCUUAAAUCACCAGGGAAUUCAUUGAAUUAAUUUGAAGGAGGCAUUAAUGGAAGGUAUAAGCAGGACCACAUUUUAAAAACGAUCAACAAACGAGGGUGAGGAUCGCGUAAUCAAGAAAUGAUUCCAGUCCUGCCAGAUUUUUUCCUUGAUGCAUUUUGCACAGUUGAUCGCUGGUUUUCUAGUGUGUCACUCAUGAGCCAGUGUAUAUCUCUGUACCUCUGUUAAGCUUGUAGUUGGCAAUGGCAAACAGCUGAUAUAUUGUUCAAGAUAUUUGCUGCCACUGUCUGGUUGUCAGGGAAAUGAACAUGGUAAUUUAUUUUAGGAAAUGUACAAUUCACAUUCAGUAAUGCAACUUAUGGUAAUAAUAUUUCAGGUUUACACUUUUUAAUUUUGCUUGUAAAAAAGAAAAACUAAACUUAAUGGAACCAUAAUAGCUUGCGGUUUUUUGUUUGUUUUUUUUUUUUCUCUAACAAGAACAAAGGGAUGAUUUGUAAAAUAUUCUCAGACAUGUUAAAUUCCAUUUAAGUAGCAGAGAUAAGAAUUUCUUUGAAACAAGUACAGCGAUUAUGUGCCUUCAUCCUGUAGAUGCAGGUUGAAAAUAAAGGAAUUAUAUUUUAA